AUUCAGAUUUCUUAACUUAUGAACCCUAAACUCAUCUUCACCGUCAUAUUCCCGAUUCUCUCCUCGGAUUUCUCAAUCGUCGCCUCCGUAACUUGCACCGCCGGAGCUGAAACCGGAGAAGAAGAAGCAUAUCUUCACCGAUUUUGAAAAUUGCGUUUUCGGUUUCGGUUAGGAGUUUGGUGAGAGCUGGAGCAGAUUCAAGCCAUGGAUCUGGUGGUUGGUAAGUUUGCUGAGAGCUGGAGCAGAUUCAACCCUUCACUAUCAGCAAUGGCGAGUGUGUACAUACCGGUACAGAAUUCGGAAGAAGAAGUUAGGGUUGCUCUUGAUCAGCUCCCUCGUGACGCUUCUGAUAUCCUUGAUAUCCUUAAAGCCGAACAAGCUCCUCUCGAUCUCUGGCUCAUCAUCGCGAGGGAGUACUUCAAGCAAGGAAAAAUUGAACAGUUCCGCCAAAUAUUGGAGGAAGGCUCAAGUUCUGACAUUGAUGAGUACUAUGCUGAUGUUAAGUACGAGAGAAUAGCAAUCUUGAACGCUCUAGGUUCUGAAUUUUUACCUCUUGAUAUAUAGCAAAACUGUAAGCUUACUUUGUCUUAGUUUUUGGUAUGUGUAAAAAAGCUACUGCAAAGGCUAUUGUUAUUAACUGGAUUUUGAAUCAAAUGCAGCUUACAUG